UCCAGCUCUCUCGCGUCAAAAGCUUCUACUCUGGCGUUGCGCCUCUUGAGGCUCAGUAUUGAGGACAAUUUAGGAUGUCCUCGACAAAGCUCCGGGCGCUGGACUCCCUGAUUUCUUCACCCGUCAAAAGGAACGCGCCAAGGACUGGAGAAUGGUGUCUGAGGGUGGGAUGGAAAGGCAGUCCUGAUCCGGAGGACAGAGGGCCUAGAGGAGCAGGAGGACCCACUCACUGCAAGACAAUCCGGGAGCAGGGCGCAGCAGUGCCUCCAGAGUUAGCCUACUCGCGCGGGGUCGGACAACGGCUCUCCAGCAGGGGGAGCUAAACGAUUACAAGCCGGCUGCGGGGACCCCCGUGGGAACCAGACUUUGCAGCAUCCAACAAGCAUCUCUGGGCAGCAGUAGUAAGGGAUACAGGAAGACCGAACUUGGAUCACUCUGAGGGCAGGUGGGGAAAGGGAGAACUGUUGUCCUGAUCCAGGGACAGCAAGCAAGAUCCAAGAUAUAGGUGACUCCUGAGCUGCGACGGCAUCUAGGUGCAGGCGGGCACUGGGAUGAGAGUCCGCUCUGCAGGCUUUGGGUGGGUGCGAUCUCUUAGUACCAGGUUGCAGUGGGUGUUGGGGGCAGAGGACCCUCUAGGUACCGCAUAAUGGGGCCACUCCUGAACCCUGGCAGCGCCAGCGCGACAGGGUGAGGAGAUCUUAACAGGUAAAUAUAAAUCUCACCUUAUCUGACUUCCCUAAAUUCAGCUCGGAGAAAAGAUGGAUCAUGUGAGUGGGACUGAGAGGUUUAUGGAACCGGGCUCUUGUGGCUGUAAAUCACUCUGCCCUCUCCGGUAUAAAGCACUGGUCCAGCCCGGCGUGGGAGAGAGGAGACGCUCGCUGCCCCUUGACCCCCAACUUGCUGUCGGCUACCAGUGCAGUCAGUGAUCCCUUCAACCUCCUCCAGUCGCCCCCACCAUGUCGGAGGAACUGGCCCAGCACCCCAAGGAGAGCCUGCCGGGGCCACGGGCCAGCCCCCGCGAGGUGUGGAAAAAGGGCGGUCGCCUGCUGUCCGUGCUGUUGGCUGUCAACGUUCUGCUGCUCGCCUCCACGCUCAUCAGCGGUGGUGCCUUCAACAAGGUGGCCGUGUAUGACACCGACGUGUUCGCGCUGCUCACCACCAUGAUGCUGCUGGCCGCGCUGUGGAUCGUCUUCUACCUCCUCCGCACUGCGCGCUGUCCGGAUGCGGUACCCUACCGGGAUGCACACGCCGGCCCCAUCUGGCUCCGAGGUGGGCUCGUGCUGUUUGGGAUUUGCACCCUCGUCAUGGAUGUCUUCAAGACUGGUUACUACUCCAGUUUCUUAGAGUGCCAGUCGGCCAUCAAGAUCCUGCACCCCAUCAUCCAAGCUGUGUUUGUCAUUGUCCAGACUUACUUCCUCUGGGUCUCUGCUAAAGACUGCAUCCACACCCACCUGGACCUGACCCGGUGUGGGCUCAUGUUCACCCUCACCACCAACCUAGCCAUCUGGAUGGCAGCCGUCGUGGAUGAGUCUGUGCACCAGGCCCACUCCUACAGCGGCUCUUACGGCAACAGCAGCCACUCCCGCCUCACCCCUGACCCAGAACGUGCAGGCAGCACAGCCGGAGGAGACCCGUGCCCCUGCAGCACGGCCAUCUGCCAGAUCUUCCAGCAAGGCUACUUCUACCUGUACCCCUUCAACAUCGAGUACAGCCUCUUUGCUUCCACCAUGCUGUACGUCAUGUGGAAGAACGUGGGAAGGCUGAUUGGCUCCACCCACGGUCACGGCCACACGCCGUCCAGGGUCAGCCUCUUCCGGGAGACCUUUUUUGCGGGUCCAAUCUUGGGCCUGCUACUCUUCGUUGUGGGCCUGGCCGUCUUCAUCCUCUAUGAGGUCCAGGUGAGCGGCGAGAGAGACCAUACCCAGCAGGCCCUGGUCACUUACUACAGCUUCAAUAUCGCCUGUCUGGGGCUCAUGACUUUGGUCAGCCUGAGUGGCUCAGUCAUCUAUCGCUUUGAUCGCCGGGCCAUGGACCACCAUAAGAACCCGACACGCACCCUGGAUGUAGCCCUGCUAAUGGGCGCCGCGAUGGGCCAGUAUGCCAUCUCGUACUAUUCCAUUGUGGCUGUGGUAGUGGGCUCACCCCGGGACCUGCUGGGGGCGCUCAGUCUGUCACACGCUCUGCUUAUGAUUGCUCAGCACACCUUUCAGAAUGUGUUCAUCAUUGAGAGCCUCCAUCGGGGACCGCCUGGGGCCGAGCCUUGCGAAAUGCCCCCCAAGGAGUCCUGCCAAGGCAUCACCUUUGCCAACCUGGAUGCCAUUCACACCUUGCCCUCCUGCCCGCCCACGCCCAGGCUGGUCAGCCCCAGCCCAGAAAGUCCUCAGGAAGCAAUGGCUAUCAUCUCAGCUCCCAGGUGCCACUGGCGACGGCGGUGCCUCAAAGACAUCUCUCUGUUUCUCCUGCUCUGCAAUGUCAUUCUGUGGAUCAUGCCUGCCUUCGGUGCCCGCCCGCACUUCAGCAAUACCGUGGAGGUGGACUUUUAUGGUCACUCCCUCUGGGCGGCCAUCGUCAACAUCUGCCUGCCUUUUGGCAUCUUCUACCGAAUGCAUGCUGUCUCCAGCCUGCUGGAGGUCUACGUGCUGUCCUGACGGCUCCACACCGAGAUCCGGCAGAGGAGGCCCAGCACCUCUGGGGCUGAAGAGGGCUGGCGCUCUCUCCCUGCCUGCCCAAGACUAGACUUUUCACCAAAGUUUAUUUUUCCAGGAUGAAUUUUUAAAUCAAAAAUGAGA